AUGGCUAUAAUCACGUACCAAUUAUGUCUCAUCUUCUACAACCUGUUUUUCCACCCUCUCGCCAAGUAUCCGGGUCCCCGACUGGCAGCAGCAACUCCCUUGUGGGUUAUUUGGUCCUACUACAAAGGCAAGACACCGUGGGAUCUUUUGGAUCUUCAUAACAAGUACGGGCCUGUCGUCCGAACUACGCCAGAUGGGUUGUCAUUCAUCAACGCCAGUCAGUGGAAAGAGAUAUAUGGCCAUAAACCCUCUGGAGAACUCGAGUUCUCGAAGGAUCCAAAGUAUCACGCGGGCUGGAAAGGAGAGCCAGUCAUUCUCAAUGCCGAUCGUCAUUAUCAUGGCUACAUUCGCAAGCUUUUUGCUCAUGGUUUCUCCGAAAAGGCUUUGAGAGAACAGGAACCAAUCCUGCAGGAGUAUGUCGACCUCUUGUUUCACAGACUUGACAGCAUCAGCCAGAGCGAACAGCCUAUAGACCUCGUACAAUGGUUCAACUAUUUUACAUUUGACUUCAUCGGCUACUUAACCUUUGGCGAGUCCUUUGAAUGUCUCGAGUCUUCCAAAAUGCACACCUGGGUGAACAUAUUCUUCUCAUUACUGAAGAAUAUGGCGCUGCAUCAAGUCGUUGCCCGUCUGCCGAAGUUAGCUCAAUAUCCUGCUUCUCUGUUAAUGAUUCCAAGUCAAGUAGUGACACAAGUCGCGACUCUUAACACGCUACAAAAGGAAAAAGUCAAUCAUCGUCUUAAAACACAACCUCCAGUGCCGGACUUCAUGGAAAAGAUGAUUGCUGCACAUGAAUCUGGCAAAAUGUCAUACCACCAGCUAGAAGAAAACUCACAAAUCCUGAUCGGUGCAGGAAGUGAGACGACAGCUACUCUCCUUUCUGGUCUCGUUUGGCUUUUGCUCAAGCACCCACGGGUCUACGACAAGCUUGCUACCGAGAUCAGGACGAUGUUCGAAAGGCCUGAGGACAUCACAAUGAUCAGCGUCAACGAAUGUCGGUAUCUGCUUGCCUGCAUCGAAGAGACACUGCGCAUCUACCCCCCUUCACCACAGCCUCAUCCGCGUGUUAUCCCUCCUGGCGGUGCAACAGUGGACAAUGAAUUUCUUCCGGAGGGCACAUUUGUCAGUAUUCCGAUCUAUGCCGCCUCGAACAGUCCUAUGAACUGGACCAAUCCUGAGGAGUUCGCGCCGGAGCGUUGGAUCGGAGAAGACGCAAGAUUCGAGAAUGAUAAACGAGAUGCGUCGCAGCCUUUUCAGUACGGACCACGCAACUGCAUUGGCAGGAAUCUAGCAUACGUUGAGAUGAAGAUCAUAAUGUCUCGACUCCUGUGGCACUUUGAUGUCAUGAACGCAACGGAUUAUAAUUGGAUGGAUCAACGAGUCUUUGCAGUGUGGGAAAAAUCACCUUUGUGGGUGAGACUUUGUCCCGCAAAACGCACUUAG